CUAGAAGAAAGAAGCCGACUUGGGAAUUUACGACGACUGCGCUACCUAUGCGGUGGGAAUUUAUUCCCUCUCUUUCCUCGGUAGUCUAGGGUUAGGGUUCGUUUACUGAGCGAUAUCUCAAGUGGGGUGGGGCUGAACAAAAAGUGAUGAACUCCCCCCCCCCGCUCGCCUCUCUUUUCAACGCCCUCCCUGUUCAGCGCCUUUUCUAUUCAACGCCCACACCCAAACCUCGACUUUAGAAACUUGAACGCAGGACAAGACAUCGGUCAAAGGAACGUCAAGAUGUCGAGCUACGACAGUUACCAGGAAAGUUUCCAACUGCACCUUGCUCCAAAGGAAGAAUAAAGCCCGCUAACACAAACCUCAGACCCCCCUCAACACGAGAUAUGCAUCUUCUGAGAUGACCUCUUUGUUCUCCGCCCGCUCGCGGGCCAGUACCUGGCGUCAGCUCUGGCUCUGGCUUGCUGAGGCUGAGAAAGAACUGGGGCUGUCUAUUCCGGAUGAAGCCAUCGAGCAGAUGCGCGCCAACAUAGUGGUGUCAGACCACGCCUUCGACGUGGCGCGGGAGUACGAGGCCAAGUCUAGACACGACGUCAUGUCCGCAGUCUUCUCGAUGGGAGUUGAUGCCCCCGCCGCGGCAGGUUAUAUUCACCUCGGUGCAACAAGCUGCUAUGUCACCGACAAUACCGAGUUGAUCUUUAUGCGGCGUGCUCUGGACCUCAUUCUUCCUAAGCUGGCCAAAGUCAUCCAGAACCUCCAGGAGUUUGCCCUCAAGUACAAGGACAUGCCCACGCUAGGGUUCACCCACUACCAACCGGCCCAGCUCAUCACUGUUGGAAAGCGUGCCGCACAGUGGAUUCAAGAGCUCAUGAUGGACUUGGAAGACAUCGAGACUGUCCGCGAAAAGCUUCAGUUCAGGGGUGCUCAGGGUACUACCGGCUCUCAAGCCACCUUCCUCGAACUUUUCGAGGGGGAUGCCAGCAAGAUCGUGCGGCUCAAUGAGAUCCUUUGCAAGAAAGCUGGAUUCUCGUCCACCUACGCCAUUUCCACCCAGACCUACACCAGAAAGGUCGACCUCCGGGUUGCCAAUGCUGUCUGCGCCCUCGGUGCGACCGCCGAGCGGAUUUGCUCCGACAUCCGUCACCUGGCCAACCUGAAGGAGAUGGAGGAGCCGUUUGAGAAGAGCCAGAUUGGAAGCUCGGCCAUGGCCUACAAGCGCAACCCCAUGAGGUCUGAACGCAUCACUGCUCUUGGCCGCAAGCUUGCCCGCCUGCCGGCCAACUUCACGGCCACAUUCGAAACACAGUGGUUUGAGAGAACUCUUGAUGACAGCGCCAUCCGCCGGAUGGAUAUCCCGGAGAUGUUCCUGCUGGCCGACUCUAUCCUUCUUACACUGGAUAAUGUGACCAACGGUCUGGUCGUUUACCCCAACGUUAUUCGGUCCCGUCUCGACCAGGAGCUCCCUUUCAUGGCUACCGAGUCCAUCCUAAUGAAACUCUCGACCCACGGUGUCUCUCGCCAAGAGGCCCACGAGGAGAUCCGCGUCCUGUCUCACCAAGCCAGCGAUGUUGUCAAGCAGCAGGGCGGCCGCAACGACCUCCUCGAGCGGGUCAAGAAGACUGAAUUCUUCAAGCCCGUCUGGAGUGAGAUCGACAGCCUGGUCGACCCCAAGCUGUUCAUCGGCAAUUGCCCCAAGAUUGUCGAAGACUACUGCCACGGUGAGGUAGCGGAGAAGCUGGCUGCGUACAAGGAAUCGCUCGACAAGGCCUCGACAGCGCAGCUCUCCAUCUAAUUGGCUUGGACGCCUCACCCCUGGUAUGCUCCUUCUGGAAGACAAAAAUGGGGUCGGUUAUUCACAAAAAGGGGCAUGUGGGAUCAUUGCAAACCAACUCAUGGGGCAUAUCCUAAAAAAGAAAACUGGGCAUUUGGGUGGGCAAGUUGAUAGAGCAGGUAACAAAAGAGGCAACCUUUUUCUUUUGGGA